AGCUGGCCUUAGAGUUUUUAUUAUCUAUUUCAUUUGCAUGAAAAUAGCUUAUGCGACUGAACCUAUGCGGAAAUAUCAAGGGGAGGUAGGAAACUCGAUAUUUUAGCAGGGUGAGCUUUUUCCGUACGCUUUUCCACAGGUGGCAUAAUGUCCAAAAUGAGGCUCCCUGCACGUACGUAGUACUCACCGUAACCAACAAUUGAAAUAUAAGGAUUUGUAUGGGAAAAACGGUUCUAUUCUUAACCCUAAAAGACUGAGGAGUAUGCACGAAAAUAAACCUACCUACUACAGUUGUGUGUUUCCUUGUUUCCCGUUAGAUUUCUGGACCUUAUAGCUGUUGAAGUGCUUUUCAGCUUCACUGCUUUGUCCUCUAUAUCCGGUAUAUAUCCUUUAGGGAAAGCACGCGGUAGAGCCAGGCCAGGAUAUAGACGGACUCGGACAAGGCACUGAGGACGCGACUAGUGAUAAGGAAUUAAAGAGGUACUAUUUCAUUCAGAACUGAUUAACGUGGAGGACGCAAGAGCGAAAUUGUUGGCAUUGGGAUCUCUAUCUAAGAGUUGCUGCUGGAAACACUUUUAAUUUUCAUCAAAUGAAAGAAUGCUCUUAUGUUGAUGGAUCAAAGCUACCUAGAAGCUUUCUGAAGUUGUACAGGUCUUUCUUUACAAUUUGGUUGCCUUCACUGGGCCACAAAGUUGCUACAAAAAUGUGUAAUUGCCAUGACGCGAGCAAACCUUGUAUAGACUAUAGAGGAAUGGAUGGACGGUCGGGAAACUUCUUUAAUACGUGAUACAAGAUCAGUGUUACGUUUGUCUGUUUUUGUUGUUGUUUUUUUUCUUUCAGUACUUUCUAGCCUGUGCUGAAGGUAAAAUGAUCCCCGUCUGACACAGCUUUCCAGACCACCUUAUUGUGCAUUGAUCUACUUCUUGUCUAUUAAUAUUCCGGAUGUCACAUUUUUAUUACCUCGGUAAGUUCUACAUCCUAUCUUCAGUCUAACCAAGACUCGAAGAAAGUUUUUUUUAUUAUUUUGUGCACGUUUCAGUAAGUGGCUGAGUAUAUUGUUGUACUGCCCCGGAGUGUCAUCAGUCCAGUAUUUGACGGGGCCAAUUAUUUGGCACCUAAAAACAGUUAGGGUGGCAAAAUAGAGUUCAGAAUUUUAACCUUUCAAUUUAGCCUUAAAUAUUCCUUUAGUUAAUUAAGUGCACCAGUUGCGCACAUCCGUCCCGGCCGCUUCAAAUGACAAAAACAACAAGUAGUGUUAUUUGCAUAACUAUAAAUUCGCACAGUAUUGCAAAAGCACGAGCGUAACAUAAAAAAAAAACAACAACAACAACAGAAACAAUAAUGGUUAAGAAAUACUGCAAUAGCACCGCCACGACACAUCGGCAAUCCUGACUCUCCUAAUUGCGUUUCAUACAGUUUGUAUAAUUUUCUUAGGAGAGUCUCUAUAUUGGUCAAAUGCUCAGCAAUAAUAUUAAGAAAUUGUUAGUAAAAAUUUCGACAGGGCAAUAUUCGAUUAGGAAGUAUUAAAAAAUAAAUCUUUAUUGGAUCAAAAUGUUCGAAGCCGACCGUUUCUUUGCCCUUUUUUUGGUGAGGGAAAAUGUUGGGAAUUUUGAAAUGCUUAGUUCAGCCCAAGGUUCUUGGUUCAGCCCCUUGGUUCAGCCAGAAAUCGCUGCCAAAAUAAGAAUCAAUUGUAAAUGUGAACCUUUUGAUCUUUUAAUUAAUGGGCGCUGGUUUAAUUUAAUUUCCUGUUAUUUACUCAGGCAAAUGUUCACGAGAUGAUUGAAUCACUUGAUACGUGUGCAAGAAAUUUAACCGCUAGCUCAACUUUCUUCAAGAGGAUUUGCAUUUAGGUGUUUUACAUCAUCAAGAAACAGCCCUGCUGCGAAAAGCCCCUGGAGUUCAGAGCAGGGUGUAUUGAAAAAUCUUGAUAAAGGUAAAACGACAUAUCACUGGGUAUUUAGCAGCUGACUUCGGUACAGUCAAACACAAACCGAGAAUGCAGAGCCCGUGAAAGGUCAUGAAAGUGUUUAUAAAUACAUCAUUAACGGGCUAGAUAACAAAAAUAUCGGUUGAAUAGCUCGUAAUUUUCGGCGACUGCUUAGCACCUUAAUCAUGGAAGAGCCAAGCAUUGACAAUUUCACCGAAGAGAUCGACAGCUCGCCUACGAUGAAUCAACUGUAUUUUGAAGAGCCCGCUGUUCUCAUGAUAACGCGCCUAACCAUCGAGGUGACAUUAGUCUUUAUGGGACUCGUUGGAAAUACGGUGGUGUCAUUCGUCAUUUCAAGACAGCACAGGUUUCGUUCCGGGCUGAAACUUUUCAUCAGAAAUCUCGCCUUCGCCGACAUCGGUAUCCUUGCAAUCAGCUUUCCUAUUGCUGUUGUGAAAGAACAACUGCCUUUUUACUGGCCCUUUGGAAGGGUGAUAUGUCUGUAUUUUUAUCCCUUAGCUGAAGUAUUCCACGGAGUGUCAGUUUGGUCUAUAACUGCUAUAGCCAUUGAGCGUUACCGAAAGAUCACUACUAUUAAAGGCGCUAGGAACAGCACUUACAUCUCAACAAAAUCUUUGAACUGGGGACUAUUGGCUAUUUGGCUCAUUUCUUUUCUCGUUGUGUCGCUACCAUUGCUUUUUGUUAUGGAUUUUAUGGAACACAAUACAGAGACGUCUACGGAGAUUUUCUGCGUAGUGGCUUGGUCUCACACCAUACAUAGCAUAUACAUUAUUUCCUUGGCAAUAUUUUGGUAUCUGCUACCUCUUGUAAUAAUCGUCUUCACUUACGUAAAGAUUUCAAGAGAGAUUCAACAAAGUAAUGAGUUUCAUAAAACAAGUAUUAGACGUCGAUCAAGGCAGAGGAAUCUAGAGGAUUCUCGUAACACCCGUCUCACGAUGGAAGCGAAGCGAAUGAGGCAGAAUUCGAAAGCAAAGAAAAUUUUAACCCCCAUCGUGCUAGUCUUCACGAUAUCAAUGCUUCCACUGAACGCACUUCGUGUGAUGUUAUUAUUCUGGGAGGAGCUAGCUUUCGAGAAGCACUUUCUUCUGAUCUAUAACGUCUGCGUAAUUGGAGUUGUAAUUAACUCAGCAGCUGAUCCCUUGAUAUACUCGAUAGUUUCUAAGGAUUUCCGAUCAGAGCUCAAGGAAAUCGCUUCUCAGUUUACUCAAACAUUGCGGAAUCUUAUCAAACUAAGAAGGGAUGAUAACAACAAUUCAUCUGGUAGUAACAUUGGCUUAACUCAAACACGCGAAGUUUCCCUCAAACGCCGGGACGAACACAUUGAAACCGCAAUUUUGGUCACCCGUGUUUGAUUUCGAAAAACAGCGCGGCUUGCUGA